UUUGCAUCAGGUCCCGUUGAUGAAAAAGUGUAUCAAGCUGUCAAACGGCUCUGCGAACCUGGCAAUCACUACCCAUGCCACGAGCGGAUGUCUAAGCGUGAAAUCGCCAACAUCAACCGCUACUACUUCAAUGCAGACUAUUGCCUCAUUCACGAUGAAAAUCGGAACGGGCAAAAGGUCACACACACAAGGACAUCACUGGAUAUUCUAUCGCGAACUCCUAUUGAACACGACUGGGCUUCUCCCAUGUGGACAAUUGAAGAGAUUCGGGCCCUGCGAAGCAAAUUUAAAUGCGACUGUAAAGAGUUUUACCAAACGGGA